AUGGAUGGCACUAAAUAUACCGAUUUCUUAAUCUUUGAUGGAGAAUCAUAUCGUUGGUUGGGGAGCUAUACUGAGUUAAAGAAUUAUAUUGCCGAAGACUUAAAAAUGGCAGGAAUAUGGAAGUCACCGGGAGGAGGUGCUAAGCGUUUCAUAGCUGGCCAAGAUUCUGAAUUUGUUCUUAAAUGGCAAAAGUCAAAAAAGUUGGUAAUCGAAAAGGACAACACAGAUGAGUAUUUAUCAAAAUAUCUUAAAGCUAACGCAUGUGUCACGUCGGUCGUAGCUAUGAACGGCUGCGAGAAUGAGUUUUUGUCGACCAGCAGCAAUGGCGAAGGCGUCCAUGCGGCUAAUUUUACCUUGCCCACUGAAACUAAUAUAAAUGAUGACCCAUCCUUAGUGCACUUAACGAAAGCAGUAGAAGCUGGAUUUAGUCUAGCAGACACGAAAAUUAGAAAUAUUGAAGAGAAACUCAAUGUUAAAAUAAGUGAUGUUCUUGACGAUCUGAACGAACUAAAGGCCCGGUCUGAGCCUGUCUCCGAGCGAUUAGUCAAUGCAUUGCUUGAAGAGAAUACUAAACUUAAGAAAGAUAACGAUGUGCUAUCUGGGAGACUCAAUAAUUCGUUGCUUGUUGUAUCGGAUCUUAACACCCGUAUUAAGGACAUUGAAAACGAGAAAUGUAGUUUGAUUACAGCUAUUAGACUUAUUCAAUGCGCAGACAAAAGUCAUGUUGACUCAACGGUAACGGCAGCGGAGCAGUUGAAGUCUGAUGACACUAACGUAUUUAAUCAACAUGAUUUAUCUCAUAAUUUAAGUAUGAAUGAUGUCGAAGAGUCGAUUCGGGUAGUUGAUAAAAACCCAGAUUAUUUUCUGUCAAGUAAUAAAAUCCCGGAGUCACAAAGUUUGAAGCGCAAGUAUAAGUCGAAAAACAAGAGAAAAGGUCUAAACCUUGAUAAGAAUUUGUCCGAAAAUGCAAAUUCCACAACUAGAUCGGAAGUCUUACAACAAAUUCCAGCAAACAAUAAUUCCACAGCAGAACCAGUCAUGCAACAAAUACCAUCAAAUGACAAUACAAUGACAGAACCAGUCAUGCAACAAAUUCCAUCAAAUGUCAAUUCAAUAACAGACCCCGUUGUUCAACAAAUUCCAUCAAAUACCAGUGGCACCAAUAACUUGCAUACUGUGCCAGAAACGCAUAACAAACAUGCAAAUUAUUCUGUGAAAAAUGUCACUGUUGUUGCAGGAGAUUCAAUUGUCCAGAACCUGCAGGGCUGGCGUCUUUCUAACACUGACAACCAUGUUGUUGUCAAGAGCUUCUCUGGGGCAAAUAUAACAGACAUGGAAGACUAUUUGAAGCCCAUCCUUCGUAAGGAGCCGAAUAAAGUCAUUCUACACGUAGGAACUAACGAUUUAAAACAUCUAUCUGCUAAGAGAGUGGCUGAAAGGAUUGCAAAUCUCGCAACCCAAAUCGAAGAAGAUUCCCCAGCAACCAGCAUUGUGAUCUCUAGUAUAUUACCACGAUCAGAUAAAUCUGAACUAUCGGCAAAAGCAACAGAAGCUAACAAGCUUAUUAAAGCAAUAUGCUCUAAAAAUCAAUGGGCAUUUAUUGAUCAUAAAUCGGUUAAUUUGUCUUGUCUAAACACAAGGGAAUUGCACCUUAAUCGUAAAGGAACUUCUAUUGUAGCAAAGAACAUUUCUAAGUACAUUAAUUCCUGUUAG